AAGCCGGCCAGCUCGUCUCGAAUAGCCGCCCUCUACAUUGUCUGUUGUGGACGUGUCAACGGUUCUAUAGAAUGGAUGACAUCACAACCCAUGAAGUCGUGGAGUCUGGAGAGAUUGAAAUGACUUGUGCUUUUAUACCGAGUUAUAAAGGAAAAAUCUGAUCUUUAAUUGAUCACUAAUGGCUUCGCCGAUCAUGGCUCCCACCUCUUCGAUCUUUGGCGAAAAGAUGGAAUCCGGGCUGAUAUCUCGUUUUUCACCUUCAAUCAGCGCUCAUAGAUGUAGGAAACAAGCUCUGAAUAGAGUUCUUGCAGUUAUGGCGCCGGCGCAACCUCAGCGUUCUCCAGCAACCACUGGUUCAGUCAAACAUGCUAUGACUAUGACGGAGAAGAUCCUGGCAAGGGCAUCUGAACGGCCACAGUUGGCACCCGGUGAGAAUGUGUGGGUGAAUGUGGAUGUGCUGAUGACCCAUGAUAUCUGCGGGCCGGGGACUAUCGGGAUUUUUAAGAGAGAGUUUGGCCAAAAUGCCAAGGUUUGGGACCGUGAAAAGAUUGUUAUUAUACCAGAUCACUAUAUCUUCACUAGUGAUGAACGUGCAAACCGUAAUGUGGAUAUUUUGAGGGACUUCUAUAUGGAACAAAAUAUUAAAUAUUAUUAUGAUAUCAAGGAUCUUGGUAAUUUCAGGGCUAAUCCAGAUUACAAGGGUGUAUGCCACAUUGCUCUUGCGCAAGAAGGUCAUUGCAGACCUAGCGAGGUUUUGCUUGGCACAGAUUCCCACACAUGUAAUGCUGGAGCUUUUGGUCAAUUUGCUACCGGAAUUGGCAAUACUGAUGCAGGUUUUGUCAUGGGGACUGGGAAGAUUCUACUUAAGAUACCCCCAACUAUGAGGUUCAUACUGGAUGGAGAAAUGCCAAAGUAUUUGCUUGCCAAGGAUUUGAUUUUGCAAAUUAUUGGUGAAAUAACUGUUUCCGGUGCAACAUACAAAUCCAUGGAAUUUGUUGGCUCUACUGUUGAAAGUUUAAAUAUGGAAGAGAGAAUGACAUUGUGCAACAUGGUUAUUGAGGCGGGGGGGAAAAAUGGGGUUGUCCCUGUUGAUAAAACCACACUUAAAUACCUCGAGGACAAAACAACCUUGACUUUUGAACCCGUCUAUAGUGAUGAUUGUGCCAGAUUUAUUCAAGAAUACAAAUUUGAUGUCUCCAAGUUGGAACCGUUGGUUGCAAAGCCACAUUCUCCUGGUAAUCGUGCUUUAGCAAGAGAAUGCAAGGAUGUCAAAAUUGACAGGGUAUAUAUUGGCUCUUGCACUGGUGGAAAGACAGAGGACUUUCUAGCUGCUGCAAAGGUUUUUCUAGCUUCGGGGAAAAAGGUGAAGGUACCCACUUUUCUUGUCCCUGCUACACAAAAGGUAUGGAUGGAUAUAUAUGGCCUUCCGGUGCCAGGAUCUGGUGGCAAGACUUGCUCUCAGAUAUUUGAGGAAGCUGGUUGUGAGGUUCCGGCAAGUCCUAGUUGUGCAGCUUGUAUGGGUGGCCCGCUAGACACUUACGCACGGAUCAAUGAACGUCAGGUCUGUGUCUCUACCACGAAUAGGAACUUCCCUGGAAGAAUGGGGCACAAAGAGGGCCAGAUCUAUCUUGCUUCGCCAUAUACAGCUGCGGCUUCAGCCCUGACGGGCUAUGUUACAGAUCCCAGAGAGUUCCUCCUGUAGAAGGAAACGUUUGCGGCCUACCGUACCAUCCUAGGCUGUUUUAUAUUUUUCUGUCUACUAUCUCCAGGUUUGGUGUCAUUUAGAGUGUACUCUCCUGGAUAUAUCAAUUAUAUAUUGCAGAAAUAUGUAGGAUCCAUAUCUCAGUAAGGGUCUCUUAUCAGAGGUGGGGACUGUGGGGUUCUGCAGAAGAUAAAACCAGAGGGUAUUGUCUAUAGGCUAUUCAGCAUUAAGUGAUAAUUUUGAGUGCUCAAAACUCCUUUCAGAGUAUUAAAAUAUAAAUCCUUUGCUUU